UUUCUCCCAGCGCGUUUUUUUUUUUUUCCUUCCCUCUCUAGUCUUCUGUCCGAAGGACCACAAAAGUGGCUUCCGCGGAAAGAUUCAGAGGUGGCAGGAGAUUUUUCUUUGGAGAUACGACUGAGUGAAAAGAUUUUGGGGAAGCCGUUUUUAAACACCCCGACCCUCGAGCCUCUCUCUGUGUAUCCUCUGAGGAGAGAAAAAAAAAAAAAAAACCAACAAAAAACCGUAGCUUGAAAGUUCGAGAGGCAUUUCGCCGGGUGCUGUGAGAGGAGAGAGGGAGUUGGCUGGACUUGUACCGGUCGUUGGAAGCCCCGAGGUCCAUUUCCGUGUGGAACUUUUACAGAUAUAUAUUUUUAGAUUUUUAAAAUAUCAGAUAAAAAUAUAUGCUUUCUAUAUAUUUUCUGACGACCUGCCCCUGACAGCGCGAUGUACAAUACGGUGUGGAGUAUGGACCGCGAUGACGCAGACUGGAGGGAGGUGAUGAUGCCCUAUUCGACAGAACUGAUAUUUUAUAUUGAGAUGGAUCCUCCAGCUCUUCCACCAAAGCCACCUAAGCCAAUGACUUCAGCAGUUACAAAUGGAAUGAAGGACAGUUCUGUUUCUCUUCAGGAUGCAGAAUGGUACUGGGGGGAUAUUUCAAGAGAGGAAGUAAAUGACAAAUUACGAGACAUGCCAGAUGGUACCUUCUUGGUCCGAGAUGCCUCAACCAAGAUGCAGGGGGAUUAUACUUUGACUUUGCGGAAGGGAGGCAAUAAUAAGUUGAUAAAGAUCUAUCAUCGGGAUGGUAAAUAUGGCUUUUCUGAUCCUCUGACAUUUAAUUCUGUUGUGGAGCUCAUUAACCACUAUCAUCAUGAAUCUCUUGCUCAGUACAAUCCCAAACUUGAUGUGAAGCUAAUGUACCCAGUGUCCAGAUACCAGCAGGAUCAGCUGGUAAAAGAAGAUAACAUUGAUGCCGUAGGCAAAAAACUACAAGAGUACCACUUCCAGUAUCAGGAAAAAAGUAAAGAAUAUGAUAGAUUAUAUGAAGAGUAUACCAGAACAUCCCAGGAAAUACAGAUGAAAAGGACUGCAAUUGAAGCUUUUAAUGAAACAAUUAAAAUAUUUGAGGAGCAAUGUCAUACACAAGAACAGCACAGCAAAGAAUAUAUUGAACGAUUUCGCAGGGAGGGGAAUGAGAAAGAGAUUGAACGCAUUAUGAUGAAUUAUGACAAACUGAAAUCACGUCUGGGUGAGAUUCAUGAUAGCAAAAUGCGUCUUGAGCAGGAUUUGAAGAAACAAGCUUUGGACAACCGAGAAAUAGAUAAAAAAAUGAAUAGCAUUAAACCUGACCUGAUUCAGCUGCGCAAGAUCCGGGAUCAGCACCUCGUGUGGCUCAGUCACAAAGGAGUGAGGCAGAAGCGCCUGAACGCCUGGCUGGGGAUCAGGAACGAAGACACGGAUGAAACCUAUUUUAUCAAUGAGGAGGAUGAAAACUUGCCGCAUUAUGAUGAGAAAACCUGGUUUGUUGAGGAUAUCAAUAGAGUACAAGCAGAAGACUUGCUUUAUGGGAAACCCGAUGGCGCUUUCCUGAUUCGUGAGAGUAGCAAGAAAGGAUGCUAUGCUUGCUCCGUGGUCGCCGACGGCGAGGUGAAGCACUGUGUGAUCUACAGCACGGCACGCGGCUAUGGCUUCGCGGAGCCCUACAACCUGUACGGCUCGCUCAAGGAGCUGGUGCUGCACUACCAGCAGACGUCCCUGGUGCAGCACAACGACGCCCUCAACGUCAGGCUGGCCUACCCCAUCCACGCACAGAUGCCCUCGCUCUGCAGAUAAAGGGGGCACGGGAGGAGAGGCGGCGCGCGAGCGUGUUUUCUACCGUUUUUAUUCGACUCCAAGGAGGGCAUUCUUUCUACGUAGACUGCUUGUUUUGCACAAGAAGUGAUUCUGUGAAUGUGAAAUGGAGAGGCCGAAUGGCAGCCGGCCAGGAUUGGGGGGCCUCCAGGGCCUGGGGUUUGGGGAGACUCAGCUGAGCUGCUGCACACAUACUCAGCUGGAAGCGGAGGUGGCUUGUGAAAGGUCUGUUU